AUGAACAUACCUAUUGUAGCUAACGAUCUUGGAAAUACCCUGAGAAUACAUGAUAAAAUUUCUUUAUCUGAUAUAUCCAGUGAAAUAACUGGUUUCCCGGGUAAUUUUACCAGCGGUAAAAGCAUCAACAUCUUUAACGACGCUUAUUCAACGACAAGCUCUGCUAUGUCACAUAAUUUAACUUAUUGCCUGAGUUUUACUGGUGAAAAAAUGAUGCAAUUUAAACAUGAAAAUUUUCAUUUCUCUAAUAGAAAACAGGCAAUACCUCUUAAUAAUAUGUUUAAAACCAAUUCCUUAUUUCGGCUAACUGUUCGCAGUUGUGAAGAUAAUUUUAAUUUAAUAAAUAUUCGCAUGGAUAGUAGAGUCUUGAAAUUUAGUAUGACUUGUUUCGUAACGUGUCAAGGGUUAAAGGGGGGACUUGUACCUAGAGGAUUGCGAAAUAUAACAGAAGUAACUAAAUUUAUUGACUCGGAUAGAGGAAAAAAUUUUCCUUUACUAAGUUUUGAUACUGUAGAAAAUAUGAAGCUUAUUAUUAUAGAUUACGAACAUUCGCAUUUCAACUUUAAUGUUCCUGAAGGAUUGGCUUUAAGAUUUAAAAAGCUUCAAGAAAGCAAUGUAUUGUUUGGACUAUAUCAUAACGAAGUUAGUGAUCAAUUACUUAAACAAGUACUAGAAAAUGUAGUCUCCAGAAUAAUAGUUAAGACAUUAGAUGCUUAUUUAGAGAACGACUCCUUAAUUUAUACACAAUUUACUAAUUUUACGGAUAAUCUUGGUCUUAACAGCGCAGAAGAAGCUAGGAAAUCAAUUUUAGAAAUGCUUGUUAAGGACCGUAUUCGUGAUUUUGAAAGAAAUAUUCGGAAUUUCUUGGUUUCUUUUUUCGAGGGUAGCAUUUAUUUGCAAAAGGAAGAAAAUUCGACUGAAUCUUCUGCUUAUGAUAUUUUCUUGCAACAUUCUGAAAUGGGAAACAACUUAAUAAUUAGGUCUACCCUUAAUCACGAACGAGAUCGAGUUUGGGCUUUAGAUUUAGCUAGUAUACAUGCAGAUUAUAUAUGA